UCUCCCCGUUGCCCGCCGGUGCGGCUGAGAUGGCGGGGCCUUCGGAGCCUGGCCCUCAACCAGAUUUCCCAUUGUCACCAGGACUUCCCCAUCCUGUGCCAGACGUGUCUUGGAGAAAACCCGUAUAUCCGCAUGACCAAAGAAAAGUACGGGAAGGAAUGCAAAAUCUGUGCCAGGCCAUUCACAGUGUUUCGCUGGUGCCCCGGAGUCCGCAUGCGUUUCAAGAAGACUGAAGUGUGCCAAACGUGUAGUAAAUUGAAGAAUGUCUGUCAGACUUGCCUCUUGGAUCUGGAGUAUGGCCUGCCCAUCCAGGUUCGUGAUGCAGGGCUGUCUUUUAAGGAUGACAUGCCAAAAUCAGAUGUCAACAAAGAGUACUACACACAGAAUAUGGAGAGGGAGAUUUCUAACUCUGAUGGAACACGGCCAGUUGGCAUGCUGGGGAAAGCCACAUCCACCAGUGACAUGCUGCUCAAACUGGCCCGGACCACACCUUACUACAAAAGGAAUCGACCCCACAUUUGCUCCUUCUGGGUGAAAGGAGAAUGUAAGAGAGGAGAGGAAUGUCCAUACAGACAUGAGAAGCCUACAGAUCCAGAUGACCCCCUUGCUGAUCAGAACAUUAAAGACCGAUAUUAUGGAAUCAAUGACCCUGUGGCAGAUAAGCUUCUAAAGCGGGCUUCAACAAUGCCUCGUUUGGACCCGCCAGAGGACAAGACUAUCACCACACUAUAUGUUGGUGGUUUGGGCGAUACCAUUACUGAGACAGAUCUAAGAAAUCAUUUCUACCAGUUUGGAGAGAUUCGGACGAUCACUGUGGUGCAGAGACAGCAAUGUGCUUUCAUCCAGUUUGCCACAAGGCAGGCUGCUGAAGUGGCUGCGGAGAAGUCCUUUAAUAAGCUAAUUGUCAAUGGCCGUCGACUUAAUGUGAAAUGGGGAAGGUCCCAAGCAGCCCGAGGAAAAGAAAAAGAGAAAGACGGAACCACAGACUCUGGCAUCAAGCUGGAGCCUGUUCCAGGCCUGCCAGGAGCUCUUCCCCCUCCUCCUGCAGCUGAGGAAGAAGCCUCUGCCAACUACUUCAACCUGCCCCCCAGUGGCCCUCCAGCUGUGGUGAACAUCGCCCUGCCGCCACCCCCUGGAAUUGCCCCACCCCCACCCCCAGGUUUUGGGCCACAUAUGUUCCACCCAAUGGGACCACCUCCUCCUUUCAUGAGGGCUCCAGGACCAAUCCACUAUCCUUCUCAGGACCCUCAGAGAAUGGGAGCUCAUGCUGGGAAACACAGCAGCCCCUAGCACAUUUUCACCAUUCUGGGGCUCUACAGAAGACAGGGCGCUUAAAAAUCCCAGUAAACGAAUCUUGGAAUAAAUAUAUUUUUCCUUC